AUGUCUCAAAAUUCAGCAUAUUUCAUAAAGGGAUGCAGCCCUUCAGGCUGCUUGCUAGCUGUCCGAUUAGAUGCUCAAGUGCUCAAAACAGGGACCCGCCACACGUUGGCCGCUGUUGGCCCCCUUGAGAAGCGGUCUUAUACAACCAAAAUUUUGUUUCUUCCUCCUAUAGUGCAAAGAAGUGUUAGUGAUCCAUCUCUUCUAGUAGCCACUUAUGAAGGCAGACACAACCACAAGAGUCCUUCUGAAGAUGAAGUUUCAAUAGAACUAUCAACGGCUGCAACUGAAAUUACUUCCUCCAGCUCUAUCUCUAAAUCAAUGGUUGAACAAAUGGCUUCCACUAUAACAAGAAAUCCCAGUUUCACAGCAGCACUAGCAGCAGCUGUAAUAGAGAGAAUUUUAGAUCAUGAAAAAGAAGAAAAUUGA